ACGACACCGAAUAAGCUCACCUCCCUCUCUCACCUUUAUCCCUUUCCCUCCGUAUAUCCGCCAUCAUCUCUCUUUAAUCGAAUCCGCAAAGUAGAACUGAGCCUCACUAGCGGGCUACGUCGUUUUUUUAAAGUCAUGGGACAAGUCUUGGACAAAUUUCACGGGAAGGAAUGGAGAAAGAAACAGAUAAGAAAAAUAAGUGAUAAGGUUUUUGAGCGUAUCAAAAAUCAAUCAGGAAGAGCUACUUUAACAUUCGAAGAUUUAUAUAUUUCUAUCCUACUUGUGUACAACGAUAUUAAUAAGCGUUUGCCUGGGCCGCACUUUGAUCCACCCUCUAAAGAGCAAGUCAGAUCAAUGAUGCAGGAGUAUGACUUCAACCUUGAUGGAGAAAUCGACCAAGAAGAAUUUGUGAAAUUUAUUCAGCAGCUCACGACUGACACAUUCAUUGUUGUUAGUCAGGGACUGAUUGUGACUUUGGUUGUAGCUCCAACUGUAGCUAUGGCGACAAAGAAGGCUACUGAGGGUGUUCCUGGUGUUGGGAAAGUGGUGCAAAAGUUACCCAAUUCCAUUUAUGCAUCCCUUGUGACCCUUGCAAUUGUUUGGUUUCAAACUUCGCGUGAAGGGAUUUAGUAGAGCAUUCUACCUUUUCUGUCAAAUUACCUUCUACUGUAAAUGAGAUAGAUUAUUUACUCAGUUUGUAUAGAAUAAAAUCUUGCCAGUUGGCUUAAUAAUCAGGUUUCCAACAUUUCUGAGACUUCAUUGUAAAAGGAUUAUUAAUUUGUGAUAAUGCAUAUGAAGAUUGUUGGCACA